AUGGGGGUUAUGAAUUACAAACUAACUAUGAAUGCAGCGCGAACAGCUUUGGGGGCGAAGAAGGAGGAACCAGGGGAGUUGUUUUGUUUCGAGGAGAGUGAGAGUGGUGCUGACGAGGGUGAGAGUGGUGCUGACGAGGGUGAGAGUGGUGCUGACGAGGGUGAGAGUGGUGCUGACGAGGGUGAGAGUGGUGCUGACGAGGGUGAGAGUGGUGCUGACGAGGGUGAGAGUGGUGCUGACGAGGGUGAGAGUGGUGCUGACGAGGGUGAGAGUGGUGCUGACGAGGGUGAGAGUGGUGCUGACGAGGGUGAGAGUGGUGCUGACGAGGGUGAGAGUGGUGCUGACGAGGGUGAGAGUGGUGCUGACGAGGGUGAGAGUGGUGCUGACGAGGGUGAGAGUGGUGCUGACGAGGGUGAGAGUGGUGCUGACGAGGGUGAGAGUGGUGCUGACGAGGGUGAGAGUGGUGCUGACGAGGGUGAGAGUGGUGCUGACGAGGGUGAGAGUGGUGCUGACGAGGGUGAGAGUGGUGCUGACGAGGGUGAGAGUGGUGCUGACGAGGGUGAGAGUGGUGCUGACGAGGGUGAGAGUGGUGCUGACGAGGGUGAGAGUGGUGCUGACGAGGGUGAGAGUGGUGCUGACGAGGGUGAGAGUGGUGCUGACGAGGGUGAGAGUGGUGCUGACGAGGGUGAGAGUGGUGCUGACGAGGGUGAGAGUGGUGCUGACGAGGGUGAGAGUGGUGCUGACGAGGGUGAGAGUGGUGCUGACGAGGGUGAGAGUGGUGCUGACGAGGGUGAGAGUGGUGCUGAGGAGAGAGUUUUUGCUUUGGGAGGAGAGUGCCAUCAAGAUAACAGCCAUGGAGCCCAACAACCAGCCAGAGAGGAGACUGGUGGUGAGAGAGGAGAGGAAGAAGAAAAAGAAGAAUUAGGAGAAAAAGAAGCAGUAAUGUUCCAAGAACAUCUACCAGCCAGUGCAAGCAGCUGCUUUUUAUGCCGUGAAGUGGUGGGAAUUACAGGGACUCCCAUGACUGCCCUCACCAACACCAGCAGAAUUAGCUUCAGCCAGAGGCUGGCUGAAAUUAUACAUAUGAGGAACGUAGAAAUUGACAGAAAAGGAAUGCUCUGUGAAGCAUGCUGUUCUGAAAUUAAUGAGAUAGAUGAGAAGGAAAUGCGAGUAAAGCAGCUUAAGAAAUUAAUUAUACUUCGUGUGCUCGCCAGGGACCCUGAUUAUGAUACAUUUAUUAAACUACCUGUAGCUAAAGUCAUUAAAGUUAUAAUGUUUUAUGAUAGAGAAAAUAACCAACAACAAAAGCAACAUUUGAAGAGCUCUUCUUAA